AUGCGCUGUAGUCUCUGUUUGUCCCUGACUGUGGCUCCAGCGAACCACACGGUGAUGGAGGAGGUGAUGGAGGAGGUGAUGGAGGAGGUGAUGGAGGAGGUGACAGAGGAGGUGAUGGAGGAGGUGCUGGAGGAGGUGAUGGAGGAGGUGAUGGAGGAGGUGAUGGAGGAGGUGAUGGAGGAGGUGAUGGAGGAGGUGAUGGAGGAGGUGAUAGAGGAGGUGAUGGAGGAAGUGAUGGAGGAGGUGCUGGAGGAGGUGAUGGAGGAGGUGAUGGAGGUGGUGAUGAGGAGGUGA